AUGGAAAUGCAAAAUGUUCCUGAAAUCAUCGAUUUGGACAGUGAUCAUGACACUUCUACCGAAGAUUGGUACACUUGCUGCCAUUCAUUGCACCCGCGUGACCAUUCUUCAAUUCGAGAUGUCAAUUCAAAAGAAGAUGAUCAUAAACUAAUUGUUUCGAAUGAAGAUCAAUCAAUAAAGGGAAAAAGUCACAAUUCAAAAAUUUUUCUGGAUAAAGAACAUGGACGCAACGACGCAAUAGAUCCAAAGGAUGGAUUGAAUCGUUAUGCACCUGUAUUUCAACAUCUAAUCAACGACCCGUUGCUACAUAAAACUUUGAAGAUCCGUUUCGGUGAAAAAUGUGUCCGAGAUUUGCUUAUAACGUUUCAUCAAUUGUACACUGGAGAAAAAGUUCGAUUGCUCGACUUGAUUCGUCGGAAUCAAUGUAAACUCAGAGAUGGUGAAGAUGAAAAUUAUGCGUAUUGCUUGAAGCGUCCAGAAGUGCUCGCUAAGCGUUGUUUGGAGCACAUUUUUAGUGACAGUUCUAUGAAAAGCUUUUUCCGAUCAAGGUUUCCGGGAGUACUGCCGAGUGAUAUU